AAUCUUGCACUGCAGGUCGUUGAGCACUUCCACAUGGAGGUUGGCACAGGACCAAACUCGAGACUCGCAACUCAUAACAGUUGAUGAAAAAUUGGACAUCACUACCUUAACUGGCGUCCCCGAGGAGCACAUCAAGACCCGGAAAGUCAGGAUCUUCGUUCCUGCGCGCAACAACAUGCAGUCUGGGGUGAACAACACCAAGAAGUGGAAGAUGGAGUUCGACACCAGGGAGCGCUGGGAGAACCCUUUGAUGGGCUGGGCAUCCACGGCUGAUCCCUUGUCCAACAUGGUUCUAACCUUCAGCACCAAAGAAGAUGCAAUGGCCUUCGCAGAAAAAAAUGGAUGGAGCUACGACGUUGAAGAGAAGAAGGUUCCGAAACCCAAGUCCAAGUCUUACGGUGCCAACUUUUCUUGGAACAAAAGAACAAGAGUGUCCACAAAAUAGAUGGGCCUGCCCAUCUCCGCUUGACUGUGAAUGAAGUCAGCCGGGCAGUAUUUACAGUCCAUGCUGCCACUUCUCUUACUCUCCGAAUAAAGUUUCCCUUUAAACUGCA